AGAACAAAGCUUGGCAUGAUUCUUACUCCUCACCAAUCUGACAAAACAGCCUCAAUGUACUCGGAGAUCCAGAGGGAGAGAGCAGACAUCGGGGGACUAAUGGCUCGGCCAGAGUAUAGAGAGUGGAAUCCAGAGCUCAUCAAACCCAAGAAGCUGCUGAACCCUGUGAAGGCCUCCCGAAGCCACCAAGAGCUACACCGAGAGCUGCUAAUGAACCACAGAAGGGGCCUCGGUGUGGACAGCAAGCCUGAGCUGCAGCGGGUCCUGGAGCACCGACGCCGAAAUCAGCUGAUCAAGAAGAAGGAGGAGGAGCUGGAGGCUAAGCGGCUUCAGUGUCCUUUCAAGCAGGAGUUGCUGAGAAGACAGCAGAGAUUGAAUCAGCUGGAAAACCCACCACAGAGAGAAGAGGACCAGGCUCCUGAGUUCAUCAGAGUCCGGGAAAACCUACGCAGAACCUCCGCGGAGGAGAGAGCACUGUGAUGUUCCCUCCAUUCAGCUCCUGCCACUCACUCCCACAGACCUUCUCCGGCCCUCCUGAACCAGAAGGCCCUGGCACGUGGUGAUGCCAGCAAGGCAGACCUGAGAGGCAGCUGGCUAUCUUUGGGAAGCUGGGACACCCCCUGCCUGGCACCCCUGGUGGACUUGUUCUGUGCACCUAGCCUUCCCAGUGCUAAGAGGAAGCCUCUACCAGGAAAGACCUAACUGAGGUGCCCUCCCUGAUCCAACCCACUGCGUAAGCUUCCCUAGAAGAAGUGGGAAGGAGGGCCAGUGUCCCUACAUUCUGCCUUAGCUUCCCAGCAGGCCCCUGCUUUGGGAGCCGCCCAGCUCCUGAGCAA